GCGAUAUAACUACUCUCUACUUCGUCACACUUAGUGCUGAUGAAGUUCUGGCACGGGGACGUGUAGGGGUCGCACGAACAGCGCGGUCUCAGCCGACGGGAGCCUGCCCGUGGUCCUCUAGCCGUUUACCAACCCCAGUAAUGCGUAGCUUCAACGAGCUUUAACAAUGCCGCAAUGUCGGGAAGUGCGAGACAAGUAACAAGCACGCGCAAAUACCAUGGCAAGCGCAAGCCCCGCCUGGAAAGCCGCCGGGCAACGCUGCUCCACCUUUGCAACCUGUAUCCGGGACAGGUUGAGGGCGUUCAACACUAUCGCACGCUCAUCACCCUGGAUUAUACUAGGUGUACCGUUUCUGACAUUUCUUGUACUAGCAGCAGCAGGGAUCAUAGCCGUUGCGUUGAGCGCGAGAGGCGCUGCGCAGCAUUCUCGAGACGAGGCCUUGUCGCUGGCUCGGGCAGCUGCUUCACAGUACGGCCAGCAACUAGCGUUCGCUAGCUCUGCGGUGGAGGUUCUGGCUGCGGUGGUGAGCGCCAACCCCAGCUAUGACCGCGCCUCCAGCCGCUUCAACACUACGGCACCCGCGUUGCUGGAUACGGCGCCCACAGGCUCAAUCUCUUCCUUGCAUGUGCUUCCUUCCGGGCGGCUGCGGUUGGUGUAUCCAACUACCGAGGCCGUUUCGGACAUGUUAGGUUUCGAUGCCCUUGCCGACACAGGUCCCGCAAUGGGUGACACGUACUCGGAGGAUCUGGCGUUUGUCGGGCCCCUUCCUCCUAUGCCCGGUCGGGAGGCUGAGGGGCCGCUGCUGCUGGUACGGCGGGCCAUCUUCGUCCCACUGCCUGCCGACUUAAGUAACAACUUUGGCCGACCGGACUUGCCAAACCCUUCGUGCGGGGACCUGUGCGCUUACAAUCAGACUCGUGGAACCGUAUUCUGGGGCCUGGUUGUCUGCGAGGUCCUGGUGCGAGCGCUUGACAGCAGCUCUGCAGCGGCGUCGCAGCAGAGCCACCCUCAGCCGCUGCUACCCACGGCGUUGGCGACGCCUGCGGUGUCUGCCCUCCGCGCGCUGGGCGGCGUGGGUUACGCCUACCGCCUGACUGCCGGGAAUGGUGUGGUGGUGACGGCGUCAGGAGACGAAGCCCCACGUGAACCGGUCACCGCAUCCCUCGCCCUGCCAGGCAGUGAGUGGCAGCUGCAGGUGUGGCACCAGUCGGGCAGCUGGAAGCCGGGCUGGUUCGGCGGCGCGCUGGCAGCCGCGAUCCUACUGGCGGCGGCGGCGGCGCUGCUGCUGUGCCGCAUGCUGGUCUCCAGGCGGCGCCACGCUAUGCUGCUGGAGGCGCUGCUGCCGCGGGACCUGCUCAAGGAGCUCAGUGCCACACACGCCGAGACGAUGGGGCGGGCCGGGCCGCUGGAUGCAGCCGCGUCGCCCGCGGGGCUGCUGCUGGAGCUGCUGGGCAGCCUGCUGGCGGGGUCGCCGCCCGACCUGCGCCAGGUGGUUCUGCUGCGCUCACUGGUGCUCCGGCAGGCGGACUGGUACCACCCGCUGGGGGUGGCGCAGGCCAUCAAGGGUGCACACCUGGAGAGCGACGUGGCCCGCGCAUUGAUGCGGCAACUGGGCACGGGCUCGGGCACUGACAGCGUGUCAAGCAGACCAGACUUCUGGAAGACGGAUGACGAGGGUGUCGAUGUCAACGACGGCGAUGGCGGAUACGAUGGCGUUGAAAGUGACCCGAUGGAGCGGCGGCAGCGCGGCAGCGCGGCAGGUGGCGGCCGGGCCGGAGGGGGUUGGCAGGGCGCGGGCGGUGGCGGUGUGGGUGGCGUGGACAGCGACGCCGUUGAUCCGGCGCAGCAGCAGCAGGAGCAGCUGGGCACCUUGCGCGGCGCGCUGGCGUUUGUGCUCUCUCCUGCUGCGCAAGCCCUGCCGCUGCCACUGGCGGCAGCCAGUCGGGCUGGUCCGCUACAUCUGGGGUCGAACAGCGAUAGGGCGGCAGCCGCCACCGGCGGCGCUGCCAGCUCUAGCACGGGCCGGCGGCGGCGGCGGCGCAGCAGCCUGCUUGGCCUGCAGGCGGGCGGCGGCGGCAGCGCUGGCCCAGGCAUGACACCCCUGCAGCAGCCGUCGGCGCCACUGAUGAGCGCGGCGGCAAUGCAGGCAAUCUCGGCCGCCGACAUCGACGCCGUUACCUUGGACCUGGCGUCCGCAGCUGUCGAGUUGCUAGAGACAACAGAGGACUUGGAGUUAGCCGCGUCCGGCGCGCUCCGCAGCUACCCAGUGCUGAUGCCGCCUGUCGGCCCGCUGGGCCUGCAGCAGCAUCCUUCGCAGCCGCAACAGCUGCAGUCGCAAGCGGCUCUGCUGCUGCAGUCCUGUGACUCCAUGUCGUUUGCGGGCUUGGUCCUGCACCGCACCGACAGCAGCCAACAGCAGCAGCAAGCCAGGCGUGGCGGCCUGGGCAGCGGCUGGCGGCCGAAACCGGCGGCGUCUGCCCCGCACAGUGCCGCGAGCAACUCGGGCUCCCCGCGUGCUCAACCGGCGCUGCCGCGACAGCCGCAGCAGCAGCCGCAACAGGCGCAACAGGCGCGGCGGGCGCAGACGCCCACCUACCCGUCCCUGCUUCCGCUGCCGCCUGCGGCGGCGGCGCAGUCGCCGGUGCCCUCGGGCGCCGCUGCAGGUCCCGCUGCCUCUGCAGGCAGUCGGUUGCUUCACAGCCUGCAGCAGCACAGGGUGGCGCGACAGCCGCAGCAGGACGCUCCACAGCACGCCUCCGCCACAAUUGCCGGCGGCGACACGGCGCACCUGACGGCGACGAGUGCCGGGCGCGCCGCCGCGGCGCAGGACGCCGCUGCCCCCGCUGCUGACGGCGGCGGCAGCGACCGUGCAUGCCAAGGCGGCGUGGACGCCGCAUGUGAGGCCCACCGGAGGCCGCAGCAGCAUGCAGGCCACAGUGACUUACGCGCCGGCGAGGAGGAUGGCAGCAAUCACAGUAGGGCCGCACGGCGGAGCAGCAACCGUCGGCAUGGGUCCGAGGCAACCGCCGCAGCAGCCAUGCGUCGGUUCACAGCGCGAGAGGAGGGGGAGGAGGAGGUAGAGGCUGCUGCCAUGGAUGGCUUGCUGGAGGAGGGGGAGGCGACGCGUUGCACCGCCGGCGUUCACCGCACCGCGGCGAGCUCGCGUGCUGUUGCUGGUGGUGCCAUCGUGCCGCCUCCGGCGGCACUGCUGGACCAGGUUGAGGUGCUGCUGGCUGGCUCGGGCGAGUGGCAGUACGACACGUGGGCGCUGGCGGAGGCGAGCGGCGGGCACGCGCUGUCCGUCAUGGGGUUCUACCUCAUGCAGCGGGAGGGGCUGGUGGCGGCCUUCCGCAUACAGCCCGUGAAGCUGGCCAGGCUGCUCCGUGCGCUGGAGGACGGAUACCCCGCCGACAACCCCUACCACAACGCCACACACGCCGCCGACGUGCUGCGCACGCUGAGCGUGCUGCUGCGCGGCGCCCGGCUCACCGCCCACUACGCGCACGGGCUGGGGCUGCUGGCGUCGUACUUUGCUGCGAUCAUCCACGACCACGGCCACCCCGGCCUGACCGGCGACUUCCUGGUCGCCACGUCCCACCCGCUCGCGCUGCGGUACAACGACCGUUCGCCGCUGGAGAGCCACCACGCCGCCAGUGCUUUCACGCUGCUGGCGGAGCGGCCCGACCUGGACGCAUUCGCCGAGCUGCCCAAGGAGCAGCGCACCGCCUUCAGGAAGCAGGUGGUUGACAUGGUUCUGGCCACGGACAUGAAGCAGCACUUCUCGCUGUUGACCCAGUUCACGGCCCUGCACAAGGCACGGAAGGUUGGAUUGAACGGCGACGGCGGCGGCCAUGGCGCGAACGGCAAGGGCCUCACGCCCCCUGCGACAACGGCCGGCGGCGGUGGCACGACAUCGAACGAUUCGUCAACGCAGCGGCAGCAGCAACAGCAGGGUCCGCAACAGAUGCUGCGCUCGCCGGCAGCGGCAACGCGAGCUGGCGGUGCGAUCACGUCGGCUGCCAGCAACGUGGCCCCGGCGGCGGACCCGCCGGCUGCAUCCAAGUCCUCUUCCUCCCUGCAGCAGCAGGCCUCGCAGCCGCAGGCAUCCCUGGAGCCCGCGCCGUCGCCCCAGGACGACGCAGAGCGCUCGCUCACACUGCAGAUUGCGCUCAAGGCCGCGGACAUCGGACACCUGGCCGCGGCGCUGCCGGUGCACUGCCGCUGGCUGGGGGUGUUGGAGGAGGAGUUCUUCCGGCAGGGCGACAAGGAGAAAGCUUUGGGCAUCCCCAUCAGCCCGCUCUUCGACCGCGCCAAGCAGGGCGUCAGCAAGAGCCAAGUGGGGUUCUUUGACUUUGUGGCGCUGCCGCUAGUGCGCGCGCUGACAGACGGCUUCCCAGGGGCCUCGCCGUUGGCGGCCUGCUUUGAGCGCAACUAUACACACUGGAAAACGGUGGAGGCGGAGGCGGCGGCACAGCAGGCCGCGGCGCAGCAGGCGCCAGUACAGCAGCCGCGGCAGCGAGGGGAGUAGUGUACGCAAGGUAGCAUGGGCCGUGUACAGCGGAGUGAUUGAGGUAACCAGGCAAGGGCCCCACAAGGGCCCCAUGGGCGCCGCAGUUGAAGGCGCAGCAGUAUGAACGUCGUCAUCCCGGAAUAAUGAAAACCCGAGCUAUCAUUGCUGUGAGACUUAACCAGGCCAGAAGUUCGGGGGGUGAGCUUGCAAAGGAGAACCAGGCGUGCGUUUUGAAGUGAGGGACGCGUAGCUAGGCAGUAGCCGUAUUCGAUAUUUGGCAAGAAGUGCUGAAGGGGUGUUUGCGGCCAUGUCCAAUUAUGAUGUGUGGAGGCUUCUCAGAGAUUCACAGCAAUUAUGGCUGUGUGCAAGUUGUUUGAUGUGGCCAUGUUGCGACGUGCCAACAUUCGACGUUCCGAAAUUUGACGUUGCGACGUACCUGUCUCGGGCUGCAUUCGCAUAGCUGCGCUUCCUAGCGCUCGGUUAUAUCAUUUUAUGACAUCUGUGCGGCUAACGUAACCACACCAGUCAACCCCUCCAACCUGCCCCACCCUCUGCCACGCAAUCAUCAACCUGCCGCACAUGACACUUUAUGUGGAAUACCAUACCGUGCCACGUUCAUCAUAUGCAUGGGAGUGUGUACACACAGCAAUUUGGCGGCUUGUAUGUGCAUACGGUAUGUCGCAAUGUCGUAUGUCGGGAGGUUGCAUGUUGACAUGUCGCAACCUGACCUUGUCAAAGAACAUGCAAGCCGCUGUACUGCGCUUCAAUGCCUGAAGUGCUGUCCUUUAGUUGAAGUAUGGAGGAAUCAAGUACGGCAGGAAGUAAUCUGUGGCACGGUUCUGUAGGGCAUUAAUGAUGUUGUCAAGCAACCUUCGUUUGGAGGGCAUUGCAUGUCGUUAGCAUGCUGGCUGCGAAGAAUGCGGCAUACUGUACGGUACCACAUAUGCGCGUGGCUGGUAUGGUACAUGAUGGGGACUGUAGGCUGGAAGGCGACGGGGCGUGUCCUGCAGAGUUGAGGGUGAUGUGAGGUGGUGAGGGGUCUCGUGCGGGUUUCCCGCCCCAGUCCCCCGUCGGGGCCUGUCCAUGGCAGGACCCCACAUUACCAACAACACAUGUUUCCCGGAGAAGGACCUCCAAAGGCAUCCUGAGGUGCCUGCUGACCCCCGUGGAGCGACAGCUCGGCGUCCCCUCUGAGGCUCUGCCUGACAGGGGGAGCCAGUCACUACCCACAGUACCACUGAUCUCCGGGGGCUUACUGCACUGAGUUGGGCGGCCAGGCCAGGGCAGGCUGCUGGUUUUGGCGUAGGGCGGUGGUGUGUACGGCGUGCCUUGCGAGUUCGAGCGAGGCACGUAGUUGUAGGCCGGUUGGGAUGGGCACUGAUCCAGGGGCGUAUAGGAUGGAGAAAGCGGUGUGGAAUGGUGCUUCUGCCAUGCUGGCUGGGCCCAACAAGCACGUGGACGCGCAUGCCUAGAUAUGCGCGCAACCAGCGCUCGUAUCUUUUGCAAAGAACUAAAGAAGUGGGGGGUAGGAAGCUCAGACUCGUACCCCAUGCUCGUAUUUAUAAAGCUUUAGCAGAGCAUUACGCACGUUCUUUAGUUUUGUCAGGGGUGGUCUGGUGAUCUGGGCCGCCAAAGGUGGGGGUCGGUUGUCGGGUGAUAUCGUGUGUGCGGCACCUACCUAGGCCCCCGAGUGCACCGGGGCGUGCCGGUAUUACUGUUGGUUUGCCAUCCCCUGCAUGGCGGGCUGCAUGGGCCUUGCCGGGGGGCUUAUGUGACUUGACCGCGACCUGGCUCGCUGGUUGAGUUGCCGCCAGCGCAAGCUAGCAGAAUCGGAGCUAGCAGAAUGAUUAUCACUCUGCUCUGUGUUAACUCAUACCCAACC